AUGGUUAAGAAAAUCUACCAAGCUCUGAAGCCAGGCGACUACCUCGAGAUCGGAGGAUUGGAACUUUCGCCCGGCUGUGACGACGACAGUGUGCCCAGAGAUUCAUACCCCUGGCAGUGGCAUAGCCUUCUUCAAGAGGCCGGCUUCGUCGACAUCACCCGGAAGGAUUACAUCUGGCCGCUCAAUUCGUGGCCCGCGGACUCUCAUCUGUGA